GCUUUGCUCAGGCAUGAUGCUCCUAUCGACAGCUCCCAUUAUCAGACUAAAACAUUGGGGGGUCUUCACCCAUCAUACAUCAGCUUCCAUCUGUUAAGCAAUGUGAAUGAGGCAGAAGAGCAGUCCCUUACUCACAGCGAGCUGCUUGAGGCAGCCACCCAGGAUGUCUUUGACGCACUCACCAUGCCAGACUGUCUUGAUGGCGGGAUAUCCCUUCUUAUUCGAUGCGCUGGCAGUGAAACUCCACCAAAUCUUUCCCCUGAACAAGUUCUUAUUGAUGUCUAUAUCAUGCCACACAAGUUGCAGGAAAUAUAG